CGGCCGCAGGGGGCGCCCUACCUGCUCAGGGCGGAGGAUUGUGGGUCGGAGGAGGCAGCAGCGGGGCAUCUUCAUCAUCACUGCGGACCGGACCGGGACGUGAGCUGGCAGCUGCUUUUCCGCACUGAAGUGCCUUACCGUCGGAGCCAGAGAUGGGACACGGAGACCUCAUGAGCCAGGCGGAGGAUGUGGCGGACCAGUUCCUGCGGGUGACCAAACACUACCUCCCCCACGUGGCCCGCCUCUGCCUGGUCAGCACCUUCCUCGAGGACGGCAUCAGGAUGUGGCUCCAGUGGAGCGAGCAGAGCGAGUAUAUCGACUCCACCUGGAGCUGUGGCCUCUUCAUCGCCAACCUCUUCGUCCUCAUCAACCUGCUGGGACAGCUGGGCUGCUGCGUGUUGAUCCUCAGCAGGAACUUUGUUCAGCACGCCUGCGGCGCUCUGUUUGGGAUCAUCGCUCUGCAGAUGGUGGCUUACAGCAUCCUGUGGGACCUCAAGUUCCUCAUGAGGAACCUGGCGCUGGGCGGGGGCCUCCUCCUCCUCCUGGCAGAGUGCAGGGGGGAGGCGCGUAGCGUGUUCGCCGGAGUUCCUUCCCUCGGACAUCAGAGCUCGCCGAAGCACCUCCUGCAGCUGGGAGGUCGCGUCCUCCUCGUCCUCAUGUUCAUGACGCUGCUGCACUUUGACCUCAGCCUGCUCAGCUUCCUGCAGAACGUGGUGGGGACGGCGCUCAUGGUCCUGGUGGCGGUGGGCUUUAAGACGAAGCUGGCGGCGCUCACGCUGGUGGCGUGGCUGCUCUGCAUCAACUUCACCAUCAACGCCUUCUGGAGCGUGCCGUCCUACACGCCCAUGCACGACUUCCUGAAGUACGACUUCUUCCAGACCACCUCGGUGAUCGGCGGCCUGCUGCUGGUGGUGGCGCUCGGGCCCGGGGGCGUCUCCAUGGACGAGAAGAAGAAGGAGUGGUGAGGAGGAGGAGCCGCGCCUCUGCCUCUUCUAUUUUUAUUUUUUUGCUCUCUGAGCGACCAAUCAGAGCUCGUCUUUGUGUCACGUGAGGUUUGUUGCACACUGGCUGUGAUGUUUGACACUUAGAGUGAUUUUAGAGGAGGCGAGGGAGUGCCUCCACCUCCAUCCUGCUGCACCACCCAGUGACCGCCACCCGCCUCCCUGAGGCAUCAGCUGCUGCGUUAUCCAAUCAGUGCUUUUGUAGGCGGUCUUUGCUGUUUUCAGCCUGUUCGAUGUGACGAUUCAGACACAACGACGUCACUCGUUAAUGUUUUUGUAACGAGCUGGACAAACGACAAAAAUGGAGGCAGAGUCAUUUUGAGCAGCUCUGAGGCGACAAACACACCUGAGCAGGUGAGCGAUCACAGCUUUAGUACGGAGCAGGGAGGCUGUAGUGACCCGUGGCGUCCUGCAGGAGGCGCUGCUUCCUCACAGUGUAUUUCGUCUCUGUACGACGUUCAGUGUUUGAGUCUGAGUCUUUUUCUAUCGUGUUUUUGUAGGAGGAUUUUAAUAAAGCGUGCAGCAUUAA